AUGGACUACGCAGAUGAUACAUUCAGAAGAGCGCAAGAAGCUGUGAAAACGUUGCCAUCCCUGGACGACAGCAACAAGCUCCGCCUCUAUGCCCACUACAAGCAAGCGACUGUGGGACCUGCGCAGGGUUCCAGGCCCAGUAUGUUUAAUCAGGUGGCCCGAGCGAAGUGGGACGCUUGGUCCCAGCUGCGUGACAUGAGUGCUGCAGAGGCGAAGCGUGGCUACUGUAUGCUUGCGGACGAAUUCGCACGUGGUUGGCGUCCGGCAAGCCAUGUUAGCCACACGUUCCAGAGCCAAGAGUCGGGGCAGCCAACGGAGCAAGCAGUCCUCUGCAGCGACGAUGAGGACAGACUUUUCGAGGCCGCCCAGGAAGCUGUGAAAACGUUGCCAUCCCUGGACAACAGCAACAAGCUCCGCCUCUAUGCCCACUACAAGCAAGCGACUGUGGGACCUGCGCAGGGUUCCAGGCCCAGUAUGUUUAAUCAGGUGGCCCGAGCGAAGUGGGACGCUUGGUCGCAGCUGGGUGACAUGAGUGCUGCAGAUGCGAAGCGUGGCUACUGUAUGCUUGCGGACGAGUUCGUACCUGGUUGGCGUCCGGCAAGCCAAGCUAGCCACACGCUCCAGAGCCAAGAGUCGGGGCAGCCAACGGAGCAAGCAGUCCUCUGCAGCGAUGAUGAGGACAGACUUUUCGAGGCCGCCCAGGAAGCUGUGAAAACGUUGCCAUCCCUGGACGACAGCAACAAGCUCCGCCUCUAUGCCCACUACAAGCAAGCGACUGUGGGACCUGCGCAGGGUUCCAGGCCCAGUAUGUUUAGUCAGGUGGCCCGAGCGAAGUGGGAUGCCUGGUCCCAGCUGGGUGACAUGAGUGCUGCAGAGGCGAAGCGUGGCUACUGUAUGCUUGCGGACGAAUUCGCACGUGGUUGGCGUCCGGCAAGCCAAGUUAGCCGCACGUUCCAGAGCCAAGAGUCGGGGCAGCCAACGGAGCAAGCAGUCCUCCGCAGCGAUGAUGAGGACAGACUUUUCGAGGCCGCCCAGGAAGCUGUGAAAACGUUGCCAUCCCUGGACGACAGCAACAAGCUCCGCCUCUAUGCCCACUACAAGCAAGCGACUGUGGGACCUGCGCAGGGUUCCAGGCCCAGUAUGUUUAAUCAGGUGGCCCGAGCGAAGUGGGACGCUUGGUCCCAGCUGGGUGACAUGAGUGCUGCAGAGGCGAAGCGUGGCUACUGUAUGCUUGCGGACGAAUUCGCACGUGGUUGGCGUCCGGCAAGCCAUGUUAGCCACACGUUCCAGAGCCAAGAGUCGGGGCAGCCAACGGAGCAAGCAGUCCUCUGCAGCGACGAUGAGGACAGACUUUUCGAGGCCGCCCAGGAAGCUGUGAAAACGUUGCCAUCCCUGGACGACAGCAACAAGCUCCGCCUCUAUGCCCACUACAAGCAAGCGACUGUGGGACCUGCGCAGGGUUCCAGGCCCAGUAUGUUUAAUCAGGUGGCCCGAGCGAAGUGGGAUGCCUGGUCCCAGCUGGGUGACAUGAGUGCUGCAGAGGCGAAGCGUGGCUACUGUAUGCUUGCGGACGAAUUCGCACGUGGUUGGCGUCCGGCAAGCCAAGUUAGCCACACGUUCCAGAGCCAAGAGUCGGGGCAGCCAACGGAUCAAGCAGUCCUCCGCAGCGAUGAUGAGGACAGACUUUUCGAGGCUGCGCAGGAAGCUGUGAAAACGUUGCCAUCCCUGGACGACAGCAACAAGCUCCGCCUCUAUGCCCACUACAAGCAAGCGACUGUGGGACCUGCGCAGGGUUCCAGGCCCAGUAUAUUUAAUCAGGUGGCCCGAGCGAAGUGGGAUGCCUGGUCCCAGCUGGGUGACAUGAGUGCUGCAGAGGCGAAGCGUGGCUACUGUAUGCUUGCGGACGAAUUCAUACCUGGUUGGCGUACCCGAGUUGUACCCCUCCGAUCGUCAGACUCAGUUUCCGUCCACUGGGCCUGCGAGGCAGAGCAAGUGGUCCAUGCUGAUGUCAGGCCUGGGAUUAGCCAAACAGAACAACUUGAGAUCAUAACCAAGCCUGUGUUCAGCUUUCAUGCGUUCAGAGUUUUCCUGAACGCUUCCCAGAGCUGA